AGAACGUCUUAACUGCUUUUACCAAAUUGCCCUCCGGUUCUUUGUCUUUUCCGACUUUUCCCUCCAACAACUUCAUUUGAUUUUCUUCCUUCCCCACACAACUCUCUACACCCCACUGCAACGGACUGCGUGUGUGUGUGUGUGUGUGUGUGUGAGAGAGAGAGAGAGAGAGAGAGAGAGAGAGAGAGAGAGAGAGAGCAAGCAUGGAUGGUUCCUUUAGUUCUAAUGCGGAAAAUGGCGGCGUUGGAGAUAACCCCAAAAUAGAUAAGAUAGCGAAGAGAUUUUCUUAUGGAAAUGGCACAAGGAAGAAGCUUGCUGACAUUAGCAACUUGCCCCAGCAAUCACAACCCUCGUGCCAAGUUGAAAAGCUUCAGUGCACUAAAGAAUACAUUGACCAGCUCCACAAGGAAAAUAUGGCAUUGAUGAAACUUCUAGCAGACAGAAAUAAAAUCAUUGAACUGAGUGGACUGGAGUUACAGAAGCUGCGAAUCGCUUUGCAGAAAGUGCAGCAACAGAAUUUGCAGCUGGCUCAAGCAAACAGCCAGAUGUUGGCGGAACUUAAUUCAGGUAAAGAUAGGUUAAAGGCACUUCAGCAUGAGCUUGGAUGCAAAAAUGGCUUGCUUAAAGCCAGAGCUCUGGAGUUGGGGGGGAAAGCCAAAAGGAAAAGAUGUCGAGAUAGUAGCAACCAGGUAGGAGCAAUCAAAUGUGUGAAGACAGAAGGAAUGUUGCAAGUAGACAAAGAUGAUAAUAUAUCUUGCAAUUUGGACAGAAAGGAGCAGCACAGAGACCAAUCUAUGGGCGCUUCUACCACCAUACAAGUCCAGGCAAAAGAGAAAGCAGACAACAAAAGGACCUGUUCAAGAAGGCAAUCUACUAGGUUUAAAUCUGGAGAACCAGAACUGACUGAAGACUUGUUUGAGAUAGAUGAUGCUAAAUUUCCUGUCAGUCCAUUGCGGGAUGAUCCAAUGCAGGAAAAUGGUUCAACUUCAUCAAGCUCCUUGGGCAAAAAAAAAGACAAAGAAGGAAAUGUUACACCUAGGUAUGAAGCUCAAGAAUUUCGAAGAUCAUCUAUUGGAAGGCCAUCGCGCCGAGCAGCUGAGAGAGUUCAAUCCUACAAGGAAGUUCCGCUGAAUGUGAAAAUGCGGAGAUCAGAGUCGUUCGAGUAAUCGGAACUAGCGUUCUUUGGGUUGGGAGCAUAGUGGUUGGUGUACUGCGAGAGGUACUUUGAUAAGUAAUAGGACUGUAUCGGGUGGUCUUUUGUGGUUUUGGAUGAUACCUGGGUUGUGUUUUGUAUUAUGGACCUGGAUUACCUUUUGUAUAGAUUCUGGUAUGGUACUGGAUGUGUAUAGAAAUAUCAUUUUUUGCUAUGUAUAUUCUGUUGUAUA